UUAUUAUAUUUCGCCCGUUCGCCGGUACUCGGUACGCGGUUUACUAAAUUACUAAAAUUUACUAUUUACUUUACUGUUUAGUACUAUUUAGUAUUUAGUACAACUGCAGAUUGGGUUUUUUAUAAAUUGUCAUUACUCAUUACCAUCAUUUGGUUUAUUGGUGCAAUUUGCUUGUUGUUGCCUGUCUGUAUGAAUUUAAAUUAAAAAAUAUUUGACAUUAAUUGUGCUUCUAAUUUCUAUUGGUUCGGCGACUCGUCAGUUAAUAAUCAAUAUCGUGUUUACGUGUAUUAUAUCUUAUACUUUCGUCUGGAAACAUGUUAAAUGUAAACACUGAACAGUGAAAUUAACUAUUAUUUAAUUCCUUUCCUCAUUUUGCUUGAUUUCCUCAGUUGAAGUUUGUCGUCAACAACUCUAAAAAGAGACACUGAACAAAUUAUAUUUUCAAAACUUGUAAAUUGCACAAUUGUCUUUCUGAGCUUUCUACCUAAUUCGUACUCAAUUUAUGAAUAUCUGAUAUUAGUUUUAAAUUGUAUUAAAUAAAUUUUCAUUAUUGAAAUGCGUAUUAAAUUAAACCUUUCGCAACUGACACCGGACAGAAAUCCAGCAGUUUACUGGCUUCAUAUAGACAGAACUUGCAUUACAUUAAUAAAACAAUUGAAAGAAAAAGUACAAAAAGUGUUAAAAGAAUCUCGUGAUAUAGAAUUAUGUUUUGACAAUGUACCAUUUCUGGAUGAAGAUGAUAUCAAUGCAAUUAAUGAAAAUGAAGAAAUAGCUGUUAUACUUAAAAAAAAAAAUACUUGUGAUGACCCAAAGUAUAUCCAAACCGAAUCAAAUACUAUUGAGCUUGAUACAGAAUUUGAUAUGAUUCCUGCUAAUACCAAUGGAGAUUUGUCCCCUUGUUGUAAAAUGAUUAGGCUCAAUAAAAAAUUGAAUUCAACUAAACAAAUAACAAGUUCUAUUGAUAAUGGAAUAUCAUCCUCUUAUUGUGAAGUGGAUGAAGAACCCAAUAAUGAUAAUGAAAAUUCAACUUCUUCCGAACUAUUAAAAAAAAUUCCAAAGAAAAGAAUUCGCAAGAGAACACAUAAAAAAAAAAAAAAUAAUGAACUUGUUGAAAACGAACCUGUUGAAAAUAAUUAUGUGGGUACUUUAUCUGAGACUUCUAUCAUAUCCUCAAAGGAAACUAGUAAAUUGCACAAGCGCUUUAAAUUAGAUAAUGGAGAAAACAAUCUAGAAGAAGGUUAUUCUCCUUCCAUAAAUUCUGAAGAACCAAAUCUUCAUGUAACUAGAGAAGUUUUUCGCUGUGACUCUCCAGCUUUAAAUUCUAAUGAAACAAAUAUAAGCCUACCUGUUUGGAAGUAUGAAAAACCAUUAAAUAUUAAAUUCAAUAAAGUUCCAGUAUUUGUACGUGGUCAAACGUGUACACCAAAGGCUUCUACAGAAAAUAGUUCUUAUAUUGAAAAUGAAAACGAUAAAUCUAAUGAUAGCAUUAUUAGUGAAAAUUGUGAUAUGUUAGUAGUAGAUUGGAAGAACAUGACUCAGAUAAAAAUAGCAAAUAUUACAGAGUUACAAAUUUAUGAUCUAUUACAAUUCAAAAUUAUGUCCAUGAAUGAAUGUGGUGAACCCCAAUUGUCAUCUGUUAUAACUGCACGUCUAGAUCACAUUUAUAAAUGUACACUGCAUAUUCAAGUACUUUCUGGAAUAAAAGAAUUUUUAACAAUUAAUCCAAAAUUCAAAAUGGAUGAUGAAGAAGAUAUUGGAACUCAGCGUGAAGUUGAAUUUGAUGAUUUAUUUGACAUUUUUAAACUUGUCUAAUCUGUAUGCUUGUGUUAUUUUUAUAGUUUUAUUAUUAACUUACAAGUUGUACAUGUUUUAUAUGAAUAAACAAACAAUCUCUAUUU